UGUUGUUUUGAUGUUAGAGCUAAUUUUUUGUGUAUCAAUAAUAAAGUUUACAGAAACUUUUCUUAUUGAAUUUAUAUUGCCAGGGAUUAUAAGAUACUUAAACUCAAAAUGCCCUCAAUGAAAGUGGAAGGUGAUAGUGACGGGGAUGGAGAUUUGUCUGGAGGCGACACAGAAAGAUCUGGCGGUUCCUCAAGAGGUCCUGACCGAGACUCCAGCGCUGAGGAAGCAGAUGAACCGGAUUCCGAUGACUCCUCUGAAAUGGAUGAGAGCGAAUGUGAGAGACGUAGGAACGAAUGCCUUGAUAACUUAGCCAAUCUUGAGAACCAGUUUAUGGUGCUUCGAGAGCAGCUGUAUGAUGAGAGGGUCAAAGAUGUGGAGUACCAGCUUGCUGAGGUUCGAGGUGGCAGGUCACCAGAGUACCUCGGACCUUUGCGCAGGCUGCAAGAGAAUAUGAGGAUUAGGAUCGAGGUGGCUGGUGUUCUGAAGCAGCUGAGGAUAGAGAACAUCAAACACAAGCACGAAGCGGAGGAUCAGGCGGCGCACCAGAAUUUCAAGAGCGAGAAAUGGCUGACAUACGAAAACACAAAAGAGGACAUACUGGAGAAGAUCCGGAAACUUGAAGAGGAGCGUCACACCGUGGACUUGUGGUCUUCUGUUCCGGAGUGGGGCCGCAAGCGACGCAAACGGCAGGUCACGGUGUCUCCGCCCUACGUGGUCUAUAUGCUGUCCGACGCUGACAUCAUGGAAGACUGGAGGCUCGUGAAAAAGCUCCUGGAGAGAGUGGACUAGCUGGCUACCGGACCUGGUGUUUCGUUACCAAUGACUGUUAUUUUAAGCGCAAAACCAUGUAGAUAUUGAUCAGGUUUCCUUGCAUGAGGAUUAAAAUUUAGGGUGUCAUUUCAACCGACAAAGAUGUGUCUUUAGAGAAAUAUUUUUGUUACGAAUGACUGUUAUUUUAGAAGCAAAACCAUUGUGGAAAAUGAUCAGGUUUUCUUGCAUGAUGAUUAAAAUAAAGGGUGUCAUUACAGCUCACAAAGAUGUAUCUUUAGAGAAAUCUUUUUGUUACGAAUGACUGUUAUUUUAAAAGCAAAACCAUUGUGGAAAAUAAUUAGGUUCCCUUAAAUUAAAAUAAAGGUUGUCAUUACAACUCAUAAAGGUCUGUCUUUAGAGAAAUAUUUUUGUUCUUUAAGGUGCUUCCACGCAGAUGUUAACGAAUGUUAGAGUUAGCUUUGAAGGACUCAACAUCUUAUGUCUCAAAGCGACAAGCGCAAUUGCGAUGCUGCAUAGAAUUUUGGGUUCAAUCAAGGAUGUAGUGCACAUUGUAAUGGACAGAGAUACUUACCAUCAGGUGCUUGUCAUGUUCCCCUCGUUAAAACACAUAAAACAUCUUAGCGUUUUAAUAAAGAUUUCUUGUUAAAAAAAUUAUUUUGGUUAUCAUUUUUAACUCCUAUGUGGAAGCACCCUUAGGAUCCAUUCCAUCCGCAAGCACUUCACUGUUAGCUAGUGUAGCUCAUUAUUCAGACAAUCCAGUUAUUUUCUAUUCUAAUAUGACUUACGAAUACCAGCGAAUUCUUCGAUUUAUAUCACCUAAGGGAUUAUUUCUCACUUUUAACUUUAAAAAUAACGCUAACGGAGUCAAGGCGGAACAAUACUCCUGAGUAUUUAAAAUAUUUUGUAAUAGUUUUUUUGUUAGCAUUAUCACUGUCCCAAUUUGCACAUUUUUUUUAAUUUUUUUUUUAUGACUAUGAGGGACGUGUCGAGCAAGACGUUCAGAUGAUGGUUAUUGAUAAGCCUUAUACAAUAAUUCAGUGCCGCUCAGGAUUCUCGAGUAACCCAAUAAUUCUGAGCGGCACUACAAUUGCACUCGUCACCUUGAUACAUAAGAUGUUAAGUCUCAUUUGCCCAGUAAUUUCACUAGCUACGGCGCCCUACAGACCGAAACACUAUAAUGCUUAUACAUUACUGCUUCACGGCAGAAAAAAGCGACGUUGUGGUAGCCAUAAUCUAGCCGGCAUCCUGUGCAAAGGUGCCUCCUACUGCUAAAUGCAACAAUCCUUAAAAUUCGAUAUAUCAAUAUCUGAAAAGCCAUUUUCAUUUCAUAAGAAACUUUAUAAUUCUACAUAAACAACACUUUUACAGAAAAAUGCAGCUUGUCAAGAAAUCAUACAAAUUAAAAUUGUUUUUAUUUAAAAUAGGAUUUAAAAUCACAUAAUGAACGCAAAAAUCUCGAAAAUUUAUACCUCCAUCUACGAAUAACGGGCGCUAGAAACUCAGCGGCAAUUUUUUUUGAAUUAAUUUCGAUACAUAAAAAUUUGCAUAGUAAAUUACAAGAUACUUAAACUUAAGAAACUUAAACAUUGAUCAACACUUAUAUUUCAGCCCGUAACACUUCUAACAUCAAGGUAUUUAAUUAGUUUUAAAAUAUAUUUUUAAUGUACUUUUUACCAGUGGGAGGCUCCUUUGCACAGAAUGCCGGCUAGAUUAUGGGUACCACAACGGCGUCUCUUUCUGAUGUGUAAGCGCAUUAUUGUGUUUCGGUGUGAAGAGCGCCGUAGCUAGUAAAAUUACUGGGCAAAUGAAACCUAACAUCUAUCUUAAGGUGACGAGCGCAAUUGUAGUGUCGAUCAGAUUUUUGGGAUUUUCAAGAAUCCUGAGGGGCACUGCAUUGUAAUAGGCAGGGCGUAUCAUUACCAUCAAUUGAACGUCCAGCUCGUCUCGUCCCUUAUUGUCAUAAAAAAAGUGGGUUCACUACAAUCCCUUACUACAGUUUAAUGUAAAAAAUACACUCUUAUACAUCCAAUAGUUUACUUUCAAUCAUUACUACGAACAAAAUUUAACAUACCGAAUUAGAUUACUCGCGUAUUGUCGUGCUCCUAUCCAAACGUAGGUCUCGUCUUUAGAAAACCGUUUUCCAAAGGGAUCGUUUAUGUCUAAUACCCCACAAACGGGAGCUAAUUAUUCCGGCUGUAUUAAACGUGACGUAGGCUUGCCGUGUGAACCCCGUAACAUCUCCCUAGUGAUUCCUUAUGAAACAGAACAUCGACGGUGUAAAUUACGGUUUCCUGAUGGUAUGACUUCUAUCUAAUACUAGCUGAGCCGGCAAACGUUGUUUUGCCAUAUGAAUUAUUUUUAGAGUUAGACCGUUUCUUGGACAUGCAACAUUACUUUAUUUUUCUAAAAUAAAAGAUUUUUUCUGAAAUAAACGUAUCUUAAGUUACUCCUCAUUACAUCAGCUACCUGCCAAUAAAAGUCCCGUGAAAAUCGGUCCAGCUAUUUCAGAGAUUAGCCGGAAAAAACAGGCUAAAAUUGUAAAAAAAAAUAUUUUGGUGUAUGUGCCGUGUAUAUAUUCAUAUACAUGUAGUAAAAAACGGUUAUUUCAAUAUAAAAAACUCAAAUUUUUAUUUAUUUAUAUGUAUAGAUAUAAAAAUUAAUGUUCAUUUGUUCGUAUUUAACGCGCUGCCAUAUCGUUCAUCCGAUGGCUAUGAAACUUUAUUAACUUAUUGCUUGCACAUUCAGAAAGGUUAUAUGCCUAGUCUGAAAUAAAGUAAAAAAUAAUAAUAAGUAAUGCCCGAACAAUAGCCUUAAAUAUUACUGUAUGGUUGCCUUACAAAGUUCUCCGAAUCAUGUUCUGAUCAGCCACGAACCGUCAGCUUCUUAGCCCUAAUAUCUAUCUUAAAUGUUAUGGGUGCGCCCGACCGCGUCUGUGAAGAUUUCGUCUCAGUAAAAAUCUUACCAUCGAAUCAGAUUGUAUUCUUAAUUUUAUGUGUGUAACAUUCUUUCGCACUUUGUUUGAAAUAUAAGUAGACUCUGAAAUUGUAAUAUUUUUUGGAGAUAUGCAUAUUUAACAAAAAAUUGUGGUUGGUCUCGAGUUGAUUCUAAUAAUGCUUUUAUUGAAAACUGUGCAUACAUAACAGACUACAAUUUUAUUUAAAAUAAGCGGAUUCUCGUAAUUUUUUUUACAAAAAUAUUUAAUGGACACAAAUGGUGUGUUUUCGAUUUUAUAAUAUGUAUAAAAGUAAUCAUAUUACGUACUUACUUAAAUAAGAUUCAUUAGAUUUGACUGUGGCAAGAUUUAGUAGAUAUUGUUUAACGGCCGUUCCCAAUAUACUAUCUACAGAUAGAGAUAAAUUACUACCUUCUACUAUCAGUAAUUAGCUGUCCCAAUAUACCCGAUAAGUCAUUCUUAUCGCCUUAUAUUGGGAACGCGUGAAUUGAAAUAUGCAUACAAACUUCUCUCGCUGGUAAGCUAUAUGUCGUCCCAUUGACAGACAGAGUGUACGGAUAAGGUGAGUUACUGUCGAUAAGUUUAUUGGGACAGAAAAGUCAACUAAUAGUUACGAAUUUUAUCUCAAGUAAGAGAUAGACUGAAUAUUGGGAACGGCCGUAAGUCUGUCAUGGCAGCAAUCCAGACGAUAUUGACAUUGAGAUUUUAUUACUAUUUCAGCCCACAUAGAUUAUAGAAAGAAAGAAAUAAAAUUAUUCUGCAACUUAAACAUACUAUACUUAAAUAUAUAAUUACUAAAAUAAUAUAAUAUAAUCAUAAUAAAAACAAAACAAAAAUUACAUAAAAAUUUCGUGACGUGACCGAAUUCAACAAGUUAGCAAUAUAAUUAAGGCGACACUAAAUUCCAGCGACCUUGAGCGAUAUGAGUUCACGGCUGUCGGCCCGCCAUCUAUGUAACAAAGCCAAUAUUUUCAAAAUUCUUGCGUGGAAAACCGUUUAUAUGCUUACAAUCCUCGUUAUUCACUACUAAUCUGAAUAAAUUAACCUACACAAAAAAGUACAAGCUAUAAGAAUAACUUUUCUGAGAGAAGUACCAAAAAAAUGAGUCACGCCAUGCCAAUAAACUUGUUUAACUUCAAAGAAAAGUGGUAGUUCAAAAAGGCUCGGCAGAGUUAACUUUAACCAACAGCAAGCAAGCAUUAGCAACCUACAAAUAAGACUUAAGGAUAUGUGUAACAGGAUUAAGUAAUGUUCAUAGCUCCAAAUGCUAUACUUUCACCACAAAACUUGUCUAAAAACACCAUGUUUGCGUGUUUUCUGCUUACUCUUCGCCUUGAGAACACUUUGUAAAAAUUAUAAUUAUAACAAGCAAGUACUAAUUGCGUACUAAUAGCUGUGUAUAGCAAAACUUGGCAAGUCGUAUGCCAUUGAAAUUUAGAAUUACCGUCUGUAUGUUUAACACUUUCUUAGAUUUAUAUCAGUUUAUGAAAAAAGGCAUGAUUUAUUGAAAAUGUCAACCUCUAGUUUCAGGUAAGUAAUAUAGAAAGAACGCUUUGAGACUUAUUAUUAUUAUUAUUAUAUUAAUAUAAAAGGUUUUUAUUUAUUUCUUUAUUUUAUUAUGUACAUUGUUCACUCUUGUGAUAGGCUUGUUGGAGAACAUAAUGGAAUUUAUAAAUUUUGAGUCCCAAAAUAUGUAUCACGUAAAGAAAGUAUUUAAUGAUUUGAUUCAUGCUGAUCAUUUUUUUAAGCCAUAAAAAGUAUUUACAUAAAAACGACCGACUGCAAAAAAAGCAAUAUUCCAAAGCAAUAGAUAUAAUAUGCACUUAAAAGUAAAAAAUAAUUGUUUUAUUUUAUGCAAUCUGUUUAAUUAAUCUAAUUCUAGUUACAAUUAUUGUUAUUUUUCGAAUCGGAGUCCUCCCGCCGCGGCCCCGCUCUCACCUCUCGCCGUGCGAUACAAGCACAUCUCACCUACAACUAUGUAUAUAGUUACAAACCUACCUUGGCGGACACCUCCUCUCCAAUAAAAUAAAAAUACUUCUUUCCAAUAAAAAAAUAAUCAUCAGAAUCGGUUGGCGCUAUUUUGAGAUAUUCGUUCAUUUGUCGCGCACAUACUUAUAGCAAAUUUAAGACUUUUGUGGUUUUCUUAUGGAUGCCAUUGUCAGAUCUGGGGCAAAUUGCAAUGGGACCACAGGGAAAGCACAUGCUUUCAAAUAAAAAAAGAAUGAUCAAAAUCGGUUCAUCCAGUUGCAAGUUCUGAGGUAACAUAAAAAAACCACCUCCUUCUCUUUUGAAGUCGCUUAAAAACAGUUAGGUUCAAAUUUGCACUAUAAAGAUUGUAUGACAUUGGACUGUCAGUGUCUAAUUAAAUGAUAACAGUUACUUAGGAAAUGUAUGUUCAAGCGAAUUUCGACCUACUUGUUUAUUAUGACUGUAGGAAAAUGACAUUAAAGUGGGUCACAAUUCAAUUUUGUUGUUAGUACAAUAUCUUAUAUAACAAUACGUCUGGACAUGCCGUUCAUUGUUUGGUUAUUUACAACAGCUUGUAUGUUACCUACACCUGAUUUAUAAUUGUCGCCACGAUCUUGUUAUCCGUAACUAAAAAUAUUUUCUUAAGUUGUAGACGUUAUAAUUAAAACCAGACGAAAAUCCAAUGCUUACUAACGCCGUUUAAUUUUUUCCCGUGUUUAAUUCCCGUGCAAGCGAGAGAGCAUUAUCGACAAUAUCACUCGCACAAUUUAACGUUGUGCGUGUGAUAGUAUAGAUAUCAUUAAUUGAGCUCAAUUUCUCCAAUUUAAAGAUAAGGUCGGAAGUAUCUGUUGGAGUCAUAACUUAAUACUGUUAUAAGUAACAUAUUUGAUAGUAGAUGCCUAUUCUUUAUAUCGAGAAAUGAAAACAAAAAAUUUGUAAUACUUUUUAUUACAUUACGUUAAGAUCUAUUUAUUAUGAUGCGAUUUUGUGAAACUGUUUUAAUUAAUGACUCUUAAUGAUGGAAAAUAAAUUUAUUUUUUAUA